GUCCUCUCGGGCGAUCAAUGGAAGUUACUGCGCUCCUCACUCAUCCAUCUUUAGCUAUAGCUUUUCUUCCACUAGCUGGUUCUUGAUUCUGCAGCUGGCACAAUGAACGAAGGCGACUGGACCUGCGACGCCAACGAUGCCGUCCAUCUGACGAUCGUCCAACCCAGCGAAGAGAAAGUCAAGACCAUCCACAGCUUUCAUCCUCAAUUUACCUAUCCCAUCUUUGGCGACGACGAGCAGAUAUUCGGUUACAAGGGGUUGAUCAUCCGCUUGCGGUUUGCAGCCCACGACCUCCGCCCGCAUAUCCAUAUCUCUUACGAUGAGAAGUUCAAGCCUGUUGGAGAUACUGCCGCCGUUGAUUUGUUGAAGACGUUGAAGCCAUGGGUCCCUGAAGAGGCCUUCGUUGUACUUCCCGACUAUGAAAAGGCAGUCCAGGAAGAUAAAGAUGCAAAGGACUUUGUGCCACCUGGCAAGCUUGUUCACAGUUAUAUCACCGGCGAAAGGACAUACGAGAUCUGGGCCGGAUCCCUUGCUGAUCCCGCUGUUCGACGAGUAUUGGACCGCGCGCAAGUUUUCGUGUCACUGUUCAUCGAAGCCGGCACGCCUUUAAUCACAGAUGAUCCAGAAUGGACGCUGGAAAGAUGGACAGUCUACUUUGUCUACGAAAAGGUAAAACCAUCAGCGCCAAUGGCCUCACAGUAUUCCAUUGUCGGGUAUGCGACAACCUAUCGCUGGUGGUUCUAUCAAAGGGAUUCCGCUCAGAAGCCCGCCGUGAUCAAUGACCCAUUCCCGGCACCCGAAAUCAGACCUGCUCAGCUGCCGGCCCGUCUGCGAAUCGCUCAAUUUUUGAUCCUUCCUCCUCAUCAAGGCUCGGGACAUGGCACUCAUCUCUACACCACCAUUCAUGCCGCAUGCUUCAACGAUCCUACAAUCACCGAGUUGACUGUCGAAGACCCGAACGAAGCUUUUGAUGCGCUUCGCGACACGGCAGACUACCACAUUUUGCGCCCGGAGUUCCUCAAGCAUAAGGUGGACAUUAACCCCAACCCUUACGGGCCACCCUCCAAGAAGCAGCGCCCUCGGCGUGUCCCUACAUCAGCGCUCAUUCCCACAAAGCUACUACACGAUAUCCGCUCGUCAUUCAAGAUUGCCUCCACCCAAUUCUCCCAUAUCAUGGAGAUGUUUCUUCUCGGUCAAAUACCUCUCAAAAAUCGCCUCUCGGGGGGAACAAUUAUGUCUCGACUCCUGAUCAAGAAGCAUAACGCAGAGGAUGCCAAUGAUCGCCGAUACUACUGGUGGCGCAUGCUCACCAAGCAGCGUCUCUACAAGCGCCAUCGAGACUUGCUCAUCCAAUUGGACCUGAGCGAGCGUAUUCAGAAGCUGGAGGAGACUGUCACGAACGUUGAGGAGGGUUAUGAUGCUCUUCUCAAAGCCUUCAACGCCCGCGAGGAGGCCUUAAUAGCCAAGGAAGAAGAGUCGUUACAGUCGACCGCUGUUCUGGGCGAAGCAAGCAGCGGCAGAGACCAGCGGGCUAAGCGGAAGCUUACGGUAGAAGAUGAGGAGGAUGAAGAAGAAGAAGAGAACGACGACUCGGCAGCUAAGCGGGCAAAGGUGUGAAGCAACGGCGUUCCAUGUUUCUUUAUCCCGACUACCCAACAAAAUCGCCAUGUAAUAAUAAACAUUAUGAACCACCUAACCAACCAUUCGCCAUUCGCCAUUCGCCAUAGCUAUACACUUUCCUCCCAUGACCAUUAUUAGUAUUACAUACGUCCGUCAUGAA